GAAGUCAUGCAUACAUGGAAGCCGCUGGCAGCCUCUUUGGCUCCAGAGUUCAAUGAGAGACAGGAAGUCAGCGAGAGUCAGAGGAAGCUCUACACAUCAGGCACUCCAGAAAAGUUCUGGGCCUGCCUCACACACGUUUGACUUUGUGACUUUUUCAGGAGUACCAGGAGGUAGCCUGCUCUAGCAGUUCAGGGAAGACUGGUCUCUGCAGAGUGUGGGGGGAGUUCCUGCCUAUCCAUACAGCUGUUUUUCAAAAGCCACCUCCCCAAGAAAGGUGUGGGGGCUCCUACUGGAAGAGCCAUGAAGAAUCGGUUUCUGGUGCUGGGCCUGGUGGCUGUGGUUCUGGUAUUUGCCAUCAUCGGCCUCUGUAUCUGGUUGCCCUACACCUCUGGGAAGCCCGAGCAUGUGUACUCCAGGGCAGCGGUGGCCACAGACGCCAAGCGCUGCUCGGAGAUUGGACGGGAUAUUUUACAGGAAGGCGGCUCCGUGGUGGAUGCAGCCAUCGCAGGCCUGCUGUGUAUGGGACUCAUGAAUGCCCACAGUAUGGGCAUCGGAGGCGGCCUGUUCUUCACCAUCUACAACAGCACCACACGAAAAGCUGAGGUUAUCAAUGCCCGUGAGGUGGCUCCCAGGUUGGCCAAUACCACCAUGUUCAACAACUCUAAGGACUCUGAAGAAGGUGGCCUUUCGGUAGCUGUUCCUGGUGAAAUCCGAGGUUAUGAGCUGGCACACCAACGACAUGGCCGACUCCCCUGGGCUCGCCUCUUCCAACCCAGCAUCCAGCUGGCUCGCCACGGCUUCCCUGUGGGCAAGGGUUUGGCAGCAGCCCUGGACAAAAAACGGGACAUCAUUGAGAAGACCCCUGCCUUGUGCGAGGUGUUCUGCCGCCAAGGGAAGGUGCUUCAAGAAGGAGAGACGGUGACUAUGCCGAAGCUGGCCGAUACAUUGCAGAUACUGGCCCAGGAAGGCGCCAAGGCCUUCUACAAUGGGAGCCUCACAGCCCAGAUUGUGAAAGACAUCCAGGAGGCUGGGGGCAUUAUGACGGUUGAGGACCUGAACAACUACCGUGCCGAGCUGAUUGAGCAUCCAAUGAGCAUCAGCCUCGGGGACGCGACCCUGUACGUGCCCAGCGCCCCGCUCAGCGGGCCCGUGCUGAUUCUCAUCUUGAACAUCCUCAAAGGAUACAACUUCUCUCCGAAGAGCAUAGCGACCCCUGAACAGAAGGCGCUGACGUAUCACCGUAUUGUGGAGGCCUUUCGGUUUGCCUAUGCCAAGAGGACCAUGCUCGGUGACCCAAAGUUUGUCGAUGUGUCUCAGGUGAUCCGCAACAUGAGCUCUGAGUUCUACGCCACCCAGCUCCGGUCCCGCAUCACGGAUGAAACCACCCACCCAGCCGCCUACUAUGAGCCUGAAUUCUUCCUUGAGGAUGAUGGGGGCACCGCUCACCUGUCUGCAGUUUCAGAGGAUGGCAGCGCUGUGGCUGCCACCAGUACCAUCAACCUUUACUUUGGCUCCAAGGUCCUGUCUCGGGUCAGCGGCAUCCUGUUCAAUGAUGAGAUGGAUGACUUCAGCUCGCCCAACUUCAUCAACCAAUUCGGGGUAGCCCCCUCACCAGCCAACUUCAUCAAGCCAGGUAAGCAGCCUCUCUCAUCCAUGUGCCCCUCAAUCAUCGUGGAUAAGGACGGCCAGGUUCAGAUGGUGGUCGGAGCCUCGGGGGGUACCCAGAUCACCACAUCCGUUGCACAGGCCAUCAUCAACAGCCUGUGGUUCGGAUACGAUGUGAAGAGAGCCGUGGAGGAGCCCCGGCUGCACAACCAGCUUUUGCCUAAUACCACAACGGUAGAGAAACACAUGGAUCAGGUGGUGACUGCAGGCCUGAAGACUCGGCACCACCAUACAGAGGUCACGCCCACCUUCAUCGCUGUAGUUCAGGCUGUCGUUCGAGCAUCAGGCGGUUGGGCAGCUGCCUCAGACUCCAGAAAAGGCGGGGUACCCGCUGGCUACUGAGUGCCCGGAAGAGGCAAGACUGACCUGCAGCCAAGGGACGAAAAUGGGAACAGGAACAAGAGUGGGACGCUGGAGAACAUGCCGCCCCUGGGUGGGACAGAGGAGCGCAAUAAACGGAGGCCACCGCCAAGCUGCGGGAAGGCUUUGCGGGCUGGACUUUCCA